UUACAACUAUCGGCUAUGACUCAUAUAAGUUAGGUAUCUAUAUUACUACUUACUAUCUAUCUUACUUACUAACCUAUAAGAUAUUACCCAUAAUUAAAUUUAAGAACACGAAGUCUAGUCUGGUGUAUAGAAUAUGAUUCCAUUAAUUUAUUAUUUGACUCACGAUUUUUUUUAGUACAUUUUGUUUGUUGUCAAUGACAACCAAAAGUGUACUUACACAAUCAAUGAAUUCUUUUGUACAUCCAAUACUAUAGUACUAUAGUAGCCAGUAGUCAUUAGGGAAUACACCUUUUCGAUACAAAAGUGCUUUUAUAACAACUUUUUUUUAUUAUUCUCAUCAGUCUAAGUAUGGAAAUUUUUUACGUUGGUCACCGAAAUCCUAGUAAUCGUGCACUUUUAAUAUCCAAGAAAGAAUGGAACAGAUUGGGAAAAAUUUUAACAAAAAAAAUUGACGAUGAGGAAUCAAUAGAAGCCAGCAAGCGACUAAAAGAAAUGCGUCGAGAAACGUCAAAAAAAAUGGUAGAUGGUUGGGACAACACAGAACUGAACAAGACCAAAAAACUAUUGGAACAAAAACGAAAGGCGCUUUCUGAGUUGGAAGUCAAGCGGCAGCAGAGGGAUGAGGAGAUGAAGAGAGAAGCAUUAGAUGCCAGAAACAGGAUCAUCGAGAAAGCAUGCAAAUUGAAAUUCGAAGAGAGAGAUGCGACGAAAACAUUCUAUAGAGCUUUGCUACAUUCUGAAGUGUUCAAAGAGAGGGCGAUACAAUUAAAGUUUAACGAAGCUGAGAGGGAGAAAAGGAUGCAAAAGGACCUCGAGACGGCUCAAGAACAAAACAAGGAAGCGGAACGGUACAAAAAACACCGAGCAGACGAAAAACAAAAAGAUAAUGAACUAAAAAGAUCUAAAGCCGAAAUUUUGUUAAAAGAGCUGAAGGAACGCGGGGAUAAGAGAAACGAAGAACAGAUUGCGUCUCGUGAGUCUGGUAAGGCAGAACUACAAAAACUCGCCGAAGAAAUCGAGGAAGCCCGAAUAAAGGCCGCUGCCGAGGCACGGGUAGCGAAGGAAAAACUUCAAAAGGACAUAGCAGACAACCGCAUAAUGAUAACCAGACAAAACGACAUACGUGAGAUGGAAGAAUGGGAGGAGGACAUGGUUACUACCAUCAUGGCUGAAACAAAAAAGACUUUAGCCAGAGCACGGAGGUUAAAAGAAAUAGAACUGGUGGAAGUCAAACAAUUGGCGUUGGAGGAGAUGAGAAUGAAAUCGGCGGCUUGGCCGACGAAGCGAAAUGGAUGGUCAGAGUCUGACGUGCAGGACGCUAUUGAAACUCAGGAAAAACGGCAACGGUCGUCCUUUGUCAUCGGUUUUUUGUUUUUGGCACUCAUACCGUCCACUUACCGCAGGUAUCGAGAAGGGGAGCGCAAAAAGAGAGAGCUUGCCAAUAGGAAAAUAAAACACGUGGAGAUUGGCAAAAAACUAUGGGAAGAGGAGAUCUGUAGGCGACGAGAGCAAUCGGAACAGGACCUUCGAUCGGAGAUGUACAGACGCGAACGCGAAAAAAGGUUGCUGACAGAGUUUGUGGACUUGCGUAGGCGAAUGCAAUUCGAAAACGCUAAACAAUUUCGUGAGGAGCUUGAUAAACAGUGUGACGAUAAAAGGAUUACAUUAAUGGCCAAUAGACAGGCUGAUAUAGAUCGCCACGAAGCAUUUGAACGUCAGUGGCAAAGAGAAGAUGAAGAAUUCCUCAAGUAUGCUAAAAAUGUGAUUGAGAAAAAGAAAUUAGUUGGAAAUCCAGUUGCGCCACUACUUAACACGGUGAAAGAUUACCUUGAAAAGAAUAACUUAUGUGUAGACAAGGACAAUAAGAUAUCAAAAAAAAUUGCAAAAGGUCCAAUCUAUACGUCAAGAAUAAUACGCCAUGUUGAGUAAUAAUUAAAAAAAAAAUAUAUGUAUUUAAAAAUACCAAUUGUAAAAACAUAUUCAAAACAUUAAAAUAUAAGGCACA